AAGGAAGGGAAGAGACAGGCAUAUUAAUGCCUAUUCAUGCAGGGGUGGAGAUGAACAAAUCCCCAGAAUUAACAUUUUGCCAGUGACGCAGAGUUCUUGCUUUAGCUGCCCAAUAGUAAUGUUAAACAUCUGGCAGAGUCAGGCCUCCAGCCUCCCACAGUCUUUUUGCCACACAAUGUACUUUGUAUUGACUGAUAAAUAGCAAAAUAAUUGAGUUGAGGCUUCAAAAAAAGCUUUAGUUUAAAAAAGGAAGAUUUGUAAGCAUAUACAAAAAUCUGGGCAAAGUGAUUUCAUGUUAACUGAAUUUGCACGACCCAUUAAUGAUGUUCCCCAAGACUCUCUGUUACCUUUGAUCAGCUUAUGACAUACAUUCACCCUUUUGCUAAUUAACUGUGUAGACUGACAGUUUACCAACAUUUUCAGUAAGAUCCAGCAAAGGCUCAAUGGAGUCUUGUGGUUGUGACAAAAAGAAUGAUAUCAUCUACGUAUAGUGAGAUGAGAUGAUCCUCUCCACCCAACGUAAUACUGGCUUUUUUUGUACUUAAUGCUAAGGGUUCAACUGCAGUUGCAAAAAGUAAAGGGCCUGUUGGACAGCCCUGGACUGUACCCCAGAAAAGAGUACACUUUAUCGCUGUUAGUCAGGACUCAGGCAGAGUAUAGCUACAACAUCUCAGUGCCUUCGUUCCCGCUGGAGACGUACAAUAAAUACAAAGAUCACAUCAGAUACUUAAAAUGAAAAGAUAAAAAUAAACAUAAGAGAUAAAUGAUUACAGUUGCUUUAAACAGAGGCUCUUGUUCAGGUCUGUGCCCAGCAGGCCCACUCGGUAAUCUACUGAUGUUCAUACAGAUCUUAUUUUAACAGGAAGUCAUGAAGAUGGACGAGGUCCUCCUGAACGUGCUGCAAGGUUUGGGAAAAGAGGAUUUCAAGACAUUCAAAUGGCAUCUGCAGAAGGGUGACUCACCCAUCCCAAAGAGCAAGCUGGAGAAGGCUGACGAAACGGACACAGUGGAUCUGAUGGUGCAGAAAUAUGAAUCUUCUGGAGCCGUGGAUGUGGCCAAGGAGGUUUUAAAGAAGAUCAACAGGAAUGAUCUGGUGCAGCGUUUGUCUAACAGCAGCACAGAACCAAAAGUGUGUAACAGCAGUGUUGGACCUUCCUCCUAUCAGACUCCUGAUCUUCCCACCAGCAAGCCGACUGAUGGUAAAGCUUCUGCAGGCUCUGGUAAGUCUGGAAAAGCUGCAUUGGUGAAUAUGCUUUCUGAUGCUGUGGACGUAGCCAAGCAGGUUUUCAAGAAUGUCAGCAAGAAUGAUCAGGUGCAGUGUUCGUCCAACAGCGGUGCAGGACCAGAAGUGUGUAACAGCAGUGUUGGAUCUUCCUCCUCUCAGACACCUGAUCUUCCCACCAGCAGGCCGACUGAUGGUAAAGCUUCUGCAGUUUCUGUGUGUAACAGCGGUGUUGGAUCUUCCUCCCCUCAGACUCCUGAUCCUCCCACCAGCAGGCAGACUGAUGUGUAUAAAAGCAGUGUCGGAUCUUCCUCAUCUCUGGCUCAUUGUCUUCCCACCAACAGGCAGCCUGAUGUUAAAGCUUCUGCAUUCUCUGCCCUAGGCUCUUCCAACUCCUCCCUGAGAGAUCUAGACCUGAGCUACAAUCAUCCAGGAACCUCAAGAAUGAAGCUGCUGUCUGAUGAGCUGGAGGAUCCAUGCUGGAGACUGGACACUUUAAGGCUAACAGGCAGUUCCAUCACAGAUGUAGGGCUGGGCUCCACUCUGAGAUCUAGUCCCUCCCCUCUGAGAAAGCAAGACCUGAGCGUCAAUCAUGUGGGAGACUCAAGAGUGAAGAUGCUGUCUACUGGACUGGACGAUCCACACUGGAGACUGGACACUCUCAGGGCGGAACAUGGUGGAGAGCAGAGGCUGACAUCUGGUUUGAGGAAAUACAGCUGCGAACUUCCACUGGGCACAAAUACCUUUGUGUCCUACAACAACCCAACAGUGACAACACUGAAUCGGUCAUUUCCUGAACUUCUACACAGAUCUGACUUGUCCUCCAAUCUGCUGCGCAGAAAUUACUGAAAGGUUGAGUAGAGUAGAGAAGUUUAUACAGCGACGACUUAGAGACAAGUCAGAGGGAAAGGAGAAAAGUGCUGCCUGGUUUGUCUCUUCAGUGUCUCCAGAAACAUUCACACACACGAUCAAUACACCAGCACAGAUCCAAAAUCAUAUUUUCAGAACUGCUGACAAAACCAACUGGUGAAGUAAACAAAUUUACAAUGAAUUUACAACAGGCUCCACACACAAAUUCAUAAAUUUAAACAAAUUAUUGACUUUUUAAAAAAAAUAAAUGUAUCAAUUAUUUUACUCUGUACAAAUAUGAUUGAUUGUGAUGUUUUUUGUUGACAGAAUGGGUCAUUAGAAAUUAAUUUGGUGUCAAUUAACCAGACAGGUUUGGUCUGUUGUUGAUCAUCUAAGAUUAAUAUUUUAAGUAUAUAUUUACCCUGUACUGUGCACAUUGUAUUCUUGUGUAUUCACUGUCACAACUUAUGUCACGAUAUGCGAACAUAAUAAUUACAUAAUUUCAUAUACAAAUGCAAAUUAUUCAGUAAUUAUCUGUUUGAUUCCAGUCAAGUGCCCAUUAUUAUCCACUAUGUUUUGAAUAGUUUGUUAAUGCUGCCUGAUUUUUAAUACUUUAAAGAGAAGACUAACGCUAAUCCUUCUGUAGGGUUUACUGGUGGCUGCACUGGGGGCGGUUUCAUGUGGUGUGGCAGCUGGUUUGUAGCGGAGUGGUGUGUGGAGGUAGUUUGGUUGUGGUCACCUUUAGGUUGGGUGAGCGGGGAUCUUAGUUGUAGUGAUUAUUCUUUUACCUUUGGUACCACACUGUGCUGCCUCCUGACUGUCUUCUCUCCCUUCAGGCUCUCCUUUAGUAGAACC